AUGAAUACAGUACUUGACGCCCAACGCAUCCGUGCCUCUACGCCGGCUCAAUUAUGUCAAUACUACAAGGAACUCCGAGCCCAAGCUUCCGAUGAACUUAUUACAGCAGAGCUGCUGAGAGCAAUAGAGUUUGGCUCCGUCUCCCCUUCCAAUUUCGAUGUAUGGCUAGGCAUCACUCAAUCACCCACGGUCAUACGAGAGGGUUUGCACCAAGAUCAUUCAGCCAUCGUCCGACAGUUCGCCAUCGCACACUUUCGAAGGCGACUCCAUUCAGCGGCAUGGAGAGAUGCGUGGACUGGGGUUGGAGAUAUUCCCGGGAUCCUUGGCAUUCUUGCAGGUUUGUCGGUAAUGCACGUUAAGAAAUUGUGCCAGAUACUCGGUCGUUGUGCCAAGGGCAAGGACAUGAAAGAGAAGAGAGAUUGUAUCACUGCACUUUUCAAAGCGCUCCAUCCAAGCACAUACGUCAACACCAAAUAUAAGACGAGCGAUCAGAGACCAUUAGCGAAGCAUUACGGUCUCUUACUUCCAGCUUGCUCCGAGGAAUUGGUCGAGUUCGCUCUGACAGCAGGGGCAAAAGGAAUCGGAAAGCAUGCAAGGGAAAGAGAUCUCCUAGAGCAUCAUCCAGAAUGUUUGGGGCGGAUUCAAUUGUCGAGACUCAAGAAUGAGGAAAUGAAAGCCAUCGACCGAGAGCACAUCAAAUCACUUGCCAACCGGUACCGUACCACGGUCUCGCCGAGUGAUGGCUUUUCAAACUCAAUGAAGUAUUCUCUUGACUGCCUGAGAACACUUGCUUCACUGGAGAAUAGCAAAAUUGAUGAAUCCUUCGUCGUCAAUACUAUCAUUCAGCCUCUGCUCAAUCGUGCCGUACGCAAGCGAGUGAAAUGGGACAUGAUUCUGGAUAUUGUGCAUCUGACACUUCAGUAUUUCGGAAAGAACCCCACAGCUGGAAAGAUGAUCAACCUGGAUGAAAAGCACAUAGUCCAUCUUGUCGCUUGCUGUUGGUCGCGCAAGCCCCAGCUUUUCGAAUCGCAAUUGCGAGCACUAUUCAACCAUCUCGUUGACGGCAUCAAAAGUCUGGAUACACUCACAUGUUGGGGCAAAAUUCUCUCCGGAACACUGCCUCAGCAUCGUUACGCCUUGAUGCGUUUCUGCAUCCAGGCAUCUACAGGCCUCGAUAUCGAUAUCGAUGCUGAUCUUGAAAAACUCAAAGGAGGCCUCAGUGCCGACUUACUCGCCAAGCUAGGACCUACUCAAGCCUUGGAAUUUUUCAAUCGUGUAAGAAAGGUACGAGGUGAUUUCGCAUUUUUGGAAGGCUCAAGCUAUGAUUCUGUUCUACAUUUGGGCAUAGCAUAUCAUGUGGCUAUUCGCGAAACGCAGAUAUGGCAUCUACAUCUCCUAAAGCAAAGCGGAGAUCAUGCCACAGCACUCACACUCGCAAAUGAGUACAUCGAGGGUCGGAAAAAGAGUGCCAAAAUUGCGUCCCAGCCUGAGCAACGAGGUCACCAGGCGAAGUCGGCACUGUUUGCUGCAAUCGCUAGUGGGUCUUUGGACUGCUACGCCGAUACUCUAAAGUGGGCAGAGCGGUUCAUGAACGAUCCACUUGUGCUCCGCGAGCUGUACCCGCAAACGUACCCUUCUGAAGCCGUUAGACUGCUUUCUGGUAUUCCUGAACCCAUCGACAGCUCAUCAACGAUAUCUGAAAUAAGGAACGGUGUUGAAAAGGCAAAUCUGAUACUUUCAGGCAUGUUCGAUACAGCUUGCGCCGCUAUGAUUCAGCCAUCAUUUAAUGCACCAGGUUGGAACGGCGUACUGUCACUUUUUCGAAGAGCAGUCAAUGAACGUAUCAAGCUUACUACCGUACUACUACAGACGCUUAAAUGUGCGAAAGAGGAUCUGUUUGACUGUUUCUGGAGCAGUACCGUGCAGAUGCUAGUUACCGUCGAGGAAAAGGCCAACUCUGAGGCCUGCAAGAAGUUGGGGGCGAAUGACCUUCGAGGUCUACUUGCACAUGGCUCACAUGAGAUUGAAGAGCUCAAGAUCGAUGUGAUCAACAUCCCAGCAGUGCGAUUCAUUGACGAGCUUGCAAAGUCGAGGGAUGCGCUAUGGUCCAGAUUACGAGCUUCUGCUCAUCCUAGUUUGAGCACGAUGCCAGAUUGUUUACCUCGUGGUUUAGCCAUCCAACAUCUUAUUCCACGAUGGACUUUUGAUGUGGAAGAUCUCGAAAUCUUUGCUCCAUAUCUAUCGUCCCGUGUCAAGAAAACAUUAACUCCUGACAAGCAACUGGCUUUCCAAGUCGUUCCUGCGGACAAAAGGUCGCAAGAAUGUGUUGGAGUUUUUGUUGAUAGCUACAAGUAUGCGCUUGAGCUAUAUAUCCCGAAAUGCUGCACCAAAACAGUAAGACAGGAACGAGCCAAAGAGGUGUGGAAAUAUGCCACAGGCCCUCUAAGUCAUGACCGAGUACACAAGGUCGACGGUGUUUGGUAUUGGAAGCGCGUAGCCACACACAUUCCUGCAGACUGGCCACCCCAAGAGGUCCGUAAUACCACGGUAUGGCCAAUACUACCAAAUUCCAGUGACUCUGGGGCUCUAGUGGUCUGGAAUCCUUUAGAGGUAGAAGGACUCACAAAUUUCCCACAAAAGCUUGAGACACCGACGUACAUCGAUCUUUCUGUUGGAGUAUCCCUUGCCAUGCACGAUCCCGCAACUAUCGGCGACACCCUUCCGCUCAAGCACCUUGCAUACGUUCCAUUGUCAUUCGAGAAUGAACUUAUCAAGUUAUGGGAUAAAUCCGGGCCCAUGAGCGAGGCUGCUGUGUUACUCGCUCUACUGUAUCUGGACGGACCAUUCAGCGAAGACGGUUUGCUUCAAUCGCCCUUUCCUUCGAGUUCAGACGUUCGAUAUCCCGCGAUGUCUCUCAGUCAAGACUUCAUGUCAAGGAAUUUUUUUUCUUAUCGCAGUGCAGUGCGAAAUAUCCGAGGUCAUCUCAAUAUUAUGCCGCCGGAGCUGAUUCAUCGCCUUGCUCGGCGUGCAAUACGCGCUCUUGAUUACUCAGAGUGGACCUCUGGCACACCGAUUUAUCAUGAGGUAGCGAUGCAACUAAUCGUUAGGCUUGGAGAGAGCGAUAGACCCAGCCUCGCAAUUGAUCUAGUAAUUGACACGGUCACUAAGCAACCUAGAUUGAGCUCGUGGCAUCGGUUGUUACUAAAGCCUAGCUUCUUGCACAGGUUGUCUGCGGCGGAUGCUGCCAAGUGCUUUCGAAAAUUGACAAGCCGUAUAAAUCAUUCUUUACAAGAUACAAUAUCUGUCGAGAAUGUUCAUGAAGGAAAAUCUAUCAGCUUCACAAAACCUCACGGGGGAGACGCCAUUGCAGAAUCGAAAGAAGGCCCAUAUGUUAAGAUCACUACUCUGAAGCUACUCAUCCGGCUCAUAAACAGUACAAAAGUCAUUAGUGAAGGUUCAGCUAUUGAGGCUCUCGGAACACUUGCGACAAUUGCGACUCAUACUGAUGUUCGCCUCAAUAUUGUGAGAUCACUUCUUGAUAUGCUAGAUCGCUAUGAAGCAACCCACGCGGACGCCAUUUUCACAAUCUUGGAAUCAAUCGUUUGGGAGGCCGGAAACCUUAAAGAACGUGAUCCGAUAAGUGAGAGCGACUGGGAGAAAGCAGAAGUCACCAAAGAGCCACCAAACAUUCGCUGGAUGAUUCAAGACCCCGUUCCUACGUCUUCACCGACAUUGCACGAAUUAUUGAAGCAUGUCCGCAGUGAGGAAUUGAGCGGAAAGAACUUCGACGACUAUUUACAGCGUGUUCUUUUCCCAGUAUUUGAGAAACUGAAACAACAAACGGCACGUUGGGUCUCGAUCUUCCUCCGCAAACACGGCAUCGACGAGGCUGCGGAACGUGAACUCAACCUCCCGUUUGUACCUUGGCGAACUGAGUUCCUCCUUCUUCGAACCAUGGCUUCACACAACAACAGCAAUAAGUUCCGUGCUCUCCCGUCCACACUACUAAAGGAUCUGGUAGACUAUGCUAUAUACACUGUCGCGCCACCUUCUGCCAUCAUAGUCCUUCACAAGAAACUCCGCAACAUCUCAGCAAUGCUCUCUCAAUCUGAUAUCCCAGUAUACCUCACCUUCUACGACGAGGGUCUCGACAUAGCGCGACGAAUCAUCCCAGGCGGUCUCUUCGCCCUGCUCGGGAAAAUCUGCACUCCAUAUGUAGAGAUGGAAUAUGACGCAUAUGCAUCCAUCUCAGAUGGCGGCAUUACACCUCAACUCGUCCACGAGCAAACCAUGAUACUCUUCAAAGCUCUGGUGAACCACGCCGAGCCUUCCUAUAUAUCCAACAGCCUUCUGCGCGACGUUUUGCAUGGCAAUUACUUGCAAUCCCACUGGUGGCCCACGCACGGCAAGCCCCUCCUCCAAGAAAUGAUAUUCUACAUCUCCUCUCUCCGCACAGAAAUGUGGAAAACAGAUCCCGCACGCAAGCCAAGCGUUCUCCCCAACACCUUCCCCUGGCGCCUCAUGCUCCUCGAUUUUCCCCUUCCAAACACAGAAGACAGUAUGCCAGAGAGUGAAACCAAAAGUCGCGUUUUUGCAGAUCAAAUUGCAAAUGUGGUGCGGGAACUUAGCAGAGAGAGCGCAUACCACAUCAAGCUCGCCCAUCUGAAAUCCUACCUGGACUUAGAACCUCAAAGCGAUUCAUCCAUUGAUCAUACUAAACGGGACCUCCUGCGGCAAAUCAUGCAUAGACAUUGUGGUCUGACGGCUCUUUAUCUCGGCGACAUUGGAGAUACGAAGGAGAUGAAUGAUCUGGAGAGGAGGCUGAGGGUGGAGAUUGCGGUGAUUUUGUUAGAGAGGGCGGGCAAAGCAAGCACGAUGGAUAAGCGUGUUCGAGAGCGAGGGCAGGACAUGGUGCAAGUGUGGAAACAGGAUCGGGAUGAGGAGGUUAGGAGGAUGGGUUGGGGGGUUCGAACGGUGCUUUUGGUGAAGGAUAAAUGCCUGCCCAUGCCGAUAUGUACACCAGGAGCAAAAGGCUAUGCGCUGCCUGUCUACUUUGAACGCAUCACAUUGCAGGCGCAUCUGCGCGAUUACGAUCAUUCGAGUAACUACGUAGUCUACGGUCACACCGCAUUUCAAAACGUGAGCUUAAAGCGUGAGCGUAGAGUCAAAUGUUCUCAUUCAGACGAAAAAUGA